AUGGCGGCCUUCGCAUCUCAAAUCUUCCCAUUUCACAGUACUUAUCCGGAAAAACAAACCCCCCACUUCAUCCCACCCAUCGACACACAACACCGACCCUUCCAAUCAACCCCAGCCCCCGACUGUAGCCACGGACAACAAACACCUGCCACACCCACCGACCGACACACAAGACCGACACACAAGACCGACACACAAGACCGACACACAAGACCGACACACAAGACCGACACACAAGACCGACACCAGCCCCCGACUCCAUCCACCGACUCAACCCACCGACCGACACACAAGACCGACACACAAGACCGACACCAGCCCCCGACUCCAUCCACCGACUCCACCCACCGACCGACACACAAGACCGACACACAAGACCGACACCAGCCCCCGACUCCAUCCACCAACUCAACCCACCGACCGACACACAAGACCGACACCAGCCCCCGACUCCAUCCACCGACUCAACCCACCGACGCACAAGACCGACACACAAGACCGACACACAAGACCGACACACAAGACCGACACACAAGACCGACACACAAGACCGACACCAGCCCCCGACUCCAUCCACCGACUCAACCCACCGACCGACACACAAGACCGACACCAGCCCCCGACUCCAUCCACCGACUCAACCCACCGACCGACACACAAGACCGACACCAGCCCCCGACUCCAUCCACCGACUCAACCCACCGACGCACAAGACCGACACACAAGACCGACACACAAGACCGACACACAAGACCGACACACAAGACCGACACACAAGACCGACACCAGCCCCCGACUCCAUCCACCGACUCAACUCACCGACUCAACCCACCGACACACAAGACCGACACACAAGACCGACACACAAGACCGACACACAAGACCGACACCAGCCCCCGACUCCAUCCACCGACUCAACCCACCGACUCAACCCACCGACCGACACACAAGACCGACACACAAGACCGACACCAGCCCCCGACUCCAUCCACCGACUCAACCCACCGACUCAACCCACCGACCGACACACAAGACCGACACCAGCCCCCGACUCCAUCCACCGACUCAACCCACCGACUCAACCCACCGACCGACACACAAGACCGACACCAGCCCCCGACUCCAUCCACCGACUCAACCCACCGACUCAACCCACCGACCGACACACAAGACCGACACCAGCCCCCGACUCCAUCCACCGACUCAACCCACCGACUCAACCCACCGACCGACACACAAGACCGACACACAAGACCGACACCAGCCCCCGACUCCAUCCACCGACUCAACCCACCGACUCAACCCACCGACCGACACACAAGACCGACACCAGCCCCCGACUCCAUCCACCGACUCAACUCACCGACUCAACCCACCGACCGACACACAAGACCGACACACAAGACCGACACACAAGACCGACACCAGCCCCCGACUCCAUCCACCGACUCAACCCACCGACUCAACCCACCGACCGACACACAAGACCGACACACAAGACCGACACCAGCCCCCGACUCCAUCCACCGACUCAACCCACCGACUCAACCCACCGACCGACACACAAGACCGACACCAGCCCCCGACUCCAUCCACCGACUCAACCCACCGACUCAACCCACCGACCGACACACAAGACCGACACCAGCCCCCGACUCCAUCCACCGACUCAACCCACCGACUCAACCCACCGACCGACACACAAGACCGACACCAGCCCCCGACUCCAUCCACCGACUCAACCCACCGACGCACAAGGCCGGCCACUGCCUUUGA